GCCGUUGACUUCUAUCGACGUUACAGCAUCGGUUCUCCCGUCUUCUUCUUCCCGAGUAAGUAAUUCUUUAGCUGCGGCGUUUACCAAAAAACCUUAAAACGUCAACGAAAAAUAUCCGAUCGCCGGCGUUCUGGUCUAUCAUUGUUUGCUUUCCUUGAAGAUCCCGAAACCCAAAAAAUGUCACAAGGAUGGUUUUCGAUGGGCGGGAGUAGCACCGUAGAUCAGCAGCAGCAAUCGGGUUCGUCUCUGCUUGCGGAUUGGAAUUCUUACGCAGCCUCUAGAGAUUUCGAGGAAAGCGGCGGAAGCUUCGGCUUUGAUAUCGAAUCCGCCGUUAGAUCUGCCAAUGACACUGUUUCGGGCACCUUCAGUGUGUAAGUAGAUUGCAAUUAGUCAUCUCAUAAUGUUUAUUCCGUGACUGAAUCUAAGAAGAUGAGGUUUAUUAGUGGUAGUGAGAAGUGGGUGUUAGUGAAUCUGAGCUAUUGAGAUUUACUUUGUUGAUUGUGAGAUUUGAUAGUUUGGGAAAUGCAUUUAUGAGUUUUGCAUACCAAUGGAUUUAGAGGUUUCAAAAGGAGUUAGAGAUAUUCCAGGGAGCUUGCAGUCAGCAACAAGUAGUAUGCCUUCAGGAAAAGCGCUCAUGUAUUUCGGUUUACUUCUCGCAAGUGGUGUUUUCUUCAUCUUCAUUGCCUUCACAAUGUUUCUUCCAGUCAUGGUGCUUAUGCCACAGAAAUUUGCCAUUUGUUUCACCCUUGGAUGUGGAUUCAUCAUUGGAUCCUUCUUCGCACUUCGUGGCCCUAAAAAUCAGCUCGCACACAUGUCUUCGAUGGAGAGGCUUCCUUCAACCCUAGGUUUCAUUGCUACCAUGGUUGGUACCAUAUACGUAUCAAUGGUUCUCCACAGCUACAUUCUCUCGGUGCUCUUCUCAGUGUUACAGGUUCUUGCGCUGGUUUACUACUGUAUAUCCUACUUCCCUGGUGGAUCAUCAGGCAUGAGGUUCCUCAGUUCUGCUCUCACCUCAUCUGCGCUAAGAGUUUUCGGGAGAUAAGCUUUCGUAGCCAAUCUGGGAGAGAGAACAAUACUUGUCGGUGUACAAAGAAAGAUGUCGAAGCGUUUUUUGGUAUACUCUUUAACAUAGAUUUGAUGAAAUCCCUCGAAAAGAUAAAUGAUCGUGAAGGAAAUGUUUAGUGAAGAACCCAAUUGAUGUUCUUUUUUUUUUAGUUGCUGGUGAUUCCCGAACCAAAACGAAAAAAUCCAUUGUACCAAGAAAAUGUCAAAAUGAGUUUCCUAAUUCCCACGCAGGAUGGUGUCGACUGAUUCGUUUCCCAAAAUGUGUUAGCGAAGUUCUGAUAGGUGACAAUGUGAAACUCUUUAGGGUAUAGACAUUGUAACAAAUACUUAAGCUGAUUAGGUCUUGUUUUUGC